AUGUCACCGUUAACCCCCAAAUGUCCAAAGUCCAAUGUUCCAUUCACAGUUACUCAUCCGACCACAACGCAGACGCUGCUGCUGCCGGUCACCGAUGCAUGGCCCUACAGGUUCCACCUGUGGAUGGAUGUACAGUUUAACUUGCUUACUUUAUGCACUACUUUAUUUCCUCUUUUCGCUUGUCUCAUGUUUUUCAGGCCUCUCUCUUCUUCACAUACAGGUCUGGCUAUCCUCUCCUGUCCGUUGGUGCGUAACGGGCCUCGGGCUGCACGAUUAAACCGGGGCUGUGGAUCCGUGUGGGGCCAGUGUUUUUUCUCCAGCCCCCGAAUCACAGUUGAGAUUAGCUCAGAACAUAUCACCUGA